AUGAAAUUAGGCAUUUUCACAUUUGAAUUACCUACCUGUGAAAAGAGAUUUUUAUUCUGUUUGCAACUUCACCAUGCUAAUCAACUACUACGUAGUUUCCUGCCAUCAAAUGCUUUACUAAGAUUUCGAAUGAUCGUUAAUGUUAAAGGCUACAAAAAAAUCUUCCAUAGCAGUACAAGGGAAUUUUACAUCAGAAGUGUUUGA